AUGGAUGGCUCAUUCAAUGAUUCAUUCAAUGAUUCAUUCGAUGAUUCAUUCAAUGGUUCAUUUGAUGGUUCAUUCGAUGGUUCAUUCGAUGAUUCAUUCAAUGGCUCAUUCAAUGGCUCAUUCGAUUCCACCACAUUCGUUUCUGUCGUCGAUUCAUUUCUCUGUUCCUGGGUUGAUUCCGCAGUGGAUUCGUUUCCUGCUGCUACUUCCGGCUCUUCCAUUCUCUGUUCCUCCUCAGUCGCUUGCUGCAAAGGCUCCGUUUGGACCUUGGAAGGCUCGUUCGGAGAACCGAUUUUCGGCUGCUUGCUGGAUUUGUGGAGAAUCCGAGUCUCUAAAUAA